ACAACAAUUACGCGACUUUCGGGUUGUGUGAAAUAAAAUAGUCGAAGUUGUGGUAAUUUUCACCGCUUUGGUCUCGCACCAUGCAUUGGUUUGAGGGUUCCAUCACUGCUGCUAUUACAGCAGCAAAACAGAAAAGAGUGUUGUUUGUUGUUUAUGUUCGAGGUGAAGAUGACGUUUCAAAACAGAUGGAUACUACAUGGGCAGACGAGGGCGUUUCUCAAAUAUGUACUGAGUCUGGUAUGAUUGUGAUUCGAUUCAAUUCAGACAGUGAUGAAUGUAAGCAGUUCUCGCAGUAUUACCCAGUCAUAUGUGUACCUUGUGUAUCAUUCAUCUCUGGAGAGACGGGGAUUCCUCUUGAAGGAGCGGCUGGCUACGUGAACGCCUCAGACUUCAAACAAAAGAUUCAGGCAGUCCUUCAGAUGGCAAGCACCCAGUCCACAUCAAGUCCAGUAGCUGGAACUAGCGGCCAGUCUCCGGCUGCCUCUAGCACCUCAUCCAAGCGUCCCUCAUCGACUCCAUCCCAGCCCAUGGACACCGUAGCUGCUACCGACACUCAGAAGAAAGAACUGUCUAAGCUUGAAAAGGCAGCGAAGCUCAGACAGAAGAUGGAGGAGAUUCAUCAGCAGAAAGAAAAACAGAAAGCAGACGAAGCAAAAAUGAAAGAAAUCGAACGCAGAAAGGUCGGUCAAGCUGUCCAGCAAUCGUCGCAGGAACGAGCCGAGAAAGAGGCCAGACGUCUUGCCGGGGAGAUCCGAAAGGAGAAAGAGGAGGACAGACUCGCCAAGGAGCGUAUCCGCGAGCAGAUAGCGAGAGACCGAGCCGAAAAGCAAUCAAAAUAUGAUGUAGAGAAGAAGGAGAGAUUGAAGACGAAGGAGGCUGCGUCUGAAGCUGCUAAGAUUGCCGCUAGUGAAGCUCCGAAAAGAAAGAUCAAUAUGUCAAAGGGCAAAGGUCAGAGAAGGGAAGGACUUGAACCGGUUACAGUUGGGAAGUACAAAGUAUGGAACUGUCUAAAAUGUGAUAAUGAGUAUCACCAGCCCGGAAGUCUGUACCGUCACAUGAGGAUUGAGCAUGGGCCCAAGUUGUUUGGAUUCUGUCGACAGUGUUCCUUCAAGACUAAUCGGAGAGACAACUUAAGACGGCAUUACAGGAUGGAACAUCCUCUCCAAAUAGAUGAACUAGAAUCCAUACGAUUUGAAAGCAUUGAGGCAAGAAAUGAGCGAGUUCAAAGUGAAAAAUCAGAGACGGCUCCAGCGACCUCUAAGAGACGUGCAAGUAGAAAGAAGAAGGUCAGAAAAGACACGACUGUGGCCAGUAGUGUGCCUUUACCGACCCAUCCGUCUGAAGAUGUUUCUGGGAUUAGCAAUACAGCAAUAACAUCAGUGGAAGGACACUUACAAGACGCACAGGAAAGUGAACACAAUCUUCUCUCUGUCCCUAUAAAAGUUGAGCCAGACAAGCAAUCGUUGGAUUCACAACCUAUGUCCGAGUUAAGUUUGGCCGCUUUUGGUUCUCAGAACGAUGAGAACAGCUCUGAUUUAUAUGAAAGGAUAGCAGGAGGUAGCACAGACAUGCACCAGUGUCCAAAAUGUACAAAGCAAUAUACUCAGUACACGAGUCUGUGUCGUCACAUUAAACUGGAUCAUGGACGUCGAACUUUCUCCUGGUGUAGACGCUGCUCCUUUUACAGCAACAGAAGAGACAACCUCCGCCGCCACUACAAAAAGAUGCACUUGCGAUACUUCUCAGAUUUUAAAAAGAUCACUCCUGAAACCAAGAAACAGAAAAAGAGACGGGAGCAACAGGAGGAACAAGGAAGUAACCAAAUUGAUGUUCAGGCUAGGGAAGAGCUCAUGCAAGAGAUGAUGGGGAGAAAUGAGUAUGUAGGGGCUGUAAAUGAGUCUACCUUUUCUGAUGAUGAAUCGCAGAUUUAUCACAGCGACUGGGAUCUGUUUGAUGACAAUGAUCUAGGGGAAGAAAACAAUCCAGAAAUGAUGUCCGAUUCAGAGACACCAGAAUUCGAUCAUGAAACAUCCCCAUCAGAUUAUGAGCCUUUCCAUCAACAUCUUGGAAUGUCUGACCUCGUUGGAGAUGCUUCUGCUUCAGAGAUACCUUCAAGUAGUCGACAAAGUCUAGACGUCUGUAACAGCUUGCUUCCUUUUAUGACAUGCUCUUCUGAUCAAGAUGGUCCCUUCAGAGACUUGGGGCCGGACAAUGACAUCAGCCAGGUACAAGGAAUAGGUGGAGAUGCUUAUUCCUUCAAGUGCCCGAAAUGUAAAAAUGUGUAUCAAAACAGGAGCAGUCUCUAUCGACAUCUACGUAGCGACCAUGGCCCUCCGUUUUUCCUUUGGUGUAGACAUUGCGUCUUCCACACUAAGCGGAAGUACAACCUAAAGAGGCACUACUGCCAUCUUCAUCAGCAGUUUGUAGGCGAAGUGGAUAUCAUUGAGUUUGAGACGAGGGAGGAAGUGGAACAUCGUACGGGACAAGAACUAGUGUUGAGAAACAGGGCUAAGUUAAGCAAGAAGUCCCCCUGGACAAUUAAGAAGAAAUACAGAAACAUGAAGGCUCUCCCUCAAGGAUCCGACACCUUAAGAUUCACUGAGGAGGACAAAGAGAUCAGAGAUACAUCGAUAAACGCUUCAUGUCUAGCCAGACCAAACAUAGGAAGUUCAUUUGUAUCUGAUGCGAUCGCUUAUCCCCAGAGUAUUAGAAAGACGUCUGCUUCUUCAGCGACAAUACCGACUGAGGGUAACUUUCCCCUACAAAGAGGUCAGCUAGUUAACGCACCGCCAAUGUCUAAUAAGUCAUUGCAGCCUGCAAUGUAUGGAGGUUCUGGAAUGUCCAACACUAACAGUGUUUUGAAUUAUCCACAGAGCACUUCAACUCCACGAAUGGUUCAUGGACAGGCCCCAAACUUUGUUGCAUCCAACUCGAUGAACUUCCCUCCCAGAUCUUCUGCUUAUAUUCCUUCUUCUAAACAGUCCCCUGUAGUAUUCAAAAGACCUUACGUACCACCUGCUAACAAACAUGUACCAAACCCUGCACAAAGCAAUACUUCUCAUCAUUUGGUCCAAGAACCAAGUUCUGUAACUGCUGUUCGUGGUCGGGGUCAAGAACCAAGUUCUUUGACUGCUGUUCAUGGCCGGGGUCAAGAACCAAGUUCUGUAACUGCUGUUUGUGGUCGGGGUCAAGAACCGGGUUGUUUGACUGCUGUUCGUGGCCGGGGUCAAGAACCAAGUUCUUUGACUGCUGUUCCGGCCCAAGAAUCAAGUCUUGAGACCUCAUCACAAGGCCUAGUCAAAACACCAAGUUCUAUAACGGCUGCUUGCAGUCUGGUCCAGGAACCAAGUUCCAUGACUGCUUUGCAUGGCUCGAGUCAAGAACAAAGUUCUGUGACGUCAACGUGUGAGAACCCAAAUACAAGUGUACCCCUCACCAAAUUGGAAAGAGUUUUACGAGGGAAAGUGACAGAAGUGGUGGAGGAAUCUCACACUGUGACAUACUCUGGUGGGGAAAAAGUCAAGGAAGAGACUAUAAAAAGGACUUAUAAAGUUAUGUUCGAUGCAGAGUUUGGAGACGGAAAAGUCAAACCUUUUUAAAUUAUACAUGUACUGUAUAGUGUGGUCUUCUCUGCCUUACUCUCGUUCUCUCUCAUACUGUGAUGUUUGUAAUGGACUAGAACCACAAGGCUUGAAUUUGACACUAGUUUAAUUUUAAAAUGAGAAAAUAUAAUUAGCUGUUGCAAACAUGCAAUCUUGUAAUGCAGUUUAUUACUAAGAUUCAUAAUAAAUGAGGAAGACCUGGUUUUUUUUUUUUUUUUUUAAAGGUGUAAAAGGAACUGUCAAGAAAAAAAUUAAACCAACACAUGGAAACUUUAUCAGAUCAAUCAUUUCAAUAGGUGUUUGUGAAUCAAUUAACUGGAAAACUUAGAGGAAUUUGGCCCCAUGUGUUGCAAAAAGUUAACAACUAUGUUGAUUGUUGAUUGUGGUGACUUAUUGAAAAGUGAGUAUAACUGAUAUCAAUGUCUAAUGUAAAAAAUUUAAAAAAAAUCUUUAAAGGAACACGUUGCCUUGGAUCGGUCGGGUUGGUCUUUGAAGA